AUGAGAUGCACCAAAAAAAAUAUUAGUCGAGGUUCCUCUUAUUUAUCAACUGCAACUGGAAAGAAACGUUCCCGUUCAUCAAGGUCGGUAAAAGGGAAGGGAAUAGCAAUUCAGGGAUCUCAUUUGCGUGAUUCUGUUGAGAAUCAAGAAGUAGAAACUACAUUUAUAGAAGAUUAUGAAAAGUCUGAAGAAGAUGUUGGUGAGCGGGAAGAUAUAAUGUCUAAAGGAAAAUCUAGCUCACCUAGUCCUCCAGUUAUCCUGCCUAGCAAGAAAAAAAAGACCUCUGUUGUUUGGGAGUGUUUUCCUGAAGACAUGAUUAUAAUGGUAGGGGAUGUACGAUUUGUUAUCCGUGAGGCAUUAGCUCACAUGAUUCUGAUUGAUGAAUUGCCAUUCUCUUUUGUUGAACAUAUUGGCUUCAAUUAUUUUUGUAGUAUUCUACAACCAUUAUAUGAGAGAAUAGGCAGAAAACAAGUAAAAUCUGACUGUGAUCGAGUUGUACAAGCUGAAGCCAAACAAUUGAAGAAAUUUUUUAAAGAGUUAAGAAAGAUAAGUGUGACAACUGAUUUAUGGAAGUCAGAUGCACAAAACAUUGAAUAUAUGGUUAUAACUGCACAUUGGGUGGAUCAAGAAUGGACAUUAAAUAAACGCAUAAUCAGCUUUGUCCAUGUGCCUCCUCCAAGAAAUGGGGAAACUAUUGCGCAGGCUUUGUACAAUUGCUUCGAAGAUUGGGGUAUUCAGAAUAAGGUGUUCACUAUCACUGUAGACAAUGCAUCAAUGAAUGACAAGUGUAUCAAAUCAUUGAAGAAAGAUUUUAAGAUGGAUAGAUCUCUAGUUUCUGGAGGAAAUUUAUUUCACAUUAAAUGCACGGCUUAUAUCAUCAAUCUUCUUGUUCAAGAUGAUAUUAAUGAAAUUAAGGAUAUUAUUGAUAAAGUAAGGGACAGUGUGAAAUAUGUGCGUGCAAGUGAGGUUAGACAACGAGACUUUGCAAGCACUGCUAAAAUUUGUGGGAUUAAAGAAAGAAAAUUGGUCUUGGAUUGUCCCACUAGAUGGAAUAGCACAUAUAAUAUGUUGAAUGUGGCAUUGAUAUUUCGAGAAGUAUGGCCGGGAUACGGAGGUAAAGAUGGAAACUAUUUGCAGUAUUUACCAAAUGAGAUUGAAUGGAAAAAAUUGGCUAGAGUUUGUGACUUUUUGAGAGUUUUUAAUAAUGUAAGUAAGAUUGUAUCAGGAACUGACUAUCCAACAGCUAACUUGUAUUUUAUGGAGGUUUUCAAAGUAAAAAAGUUGUUAAAGGAUAAAGAAUUUGAUCCUGUUGUGGCCUCAAUGGUUAGAUCGAUGAUAGUAAAGUUUGACAAAUAUUGGGGAGAGGUUAACCUACUCAUGGCAGUCGCAAUCGUUAUGGAUCCAAGGUAUAAAUUAGAGUUUAUAAAGUUUGCUUAUCCCAUUUUAUAUAGGGAAUAUGAUGCGGAGAUUGAGCUUGACAACCUACGCCAUACAUUGGAAGAGUUAUAUCAUGAGUAUGUGGAACUUUUAUCAACAGACAACCCAUCCCUCACCCCUAUAUCACAGAUGAAAUCAUCUACCUCAGGAAUACAUUCCAGUUUCAUAUCUUCACAUGGAAUGAUAGAUGAUUCUGAUAUUGUGUUGCAAUGGCAAGCACACCGUAAGAAAAGUCAAGCUGAAGCCGCCGGAAAGUCAGAGUUGACAAUGUACCUCGAAUCCGAUGUCUUUGAGUUUGAGACAUCAGAGGGUGCAAAGACAAAAAAAUUUAAUGUACUUCAUUGGUGGUCUGUUAAUCAAACCAAGUUUCCAAUCUAG